CACAACAAAAACUUCAUAUUUUAUUUUCUCAUUUGUGACUUGCCUUUAGACACGAUUGCAAAGCAAGUAGUUUUCUAGUAUCCACGAAAGAGGUUGUAACACCGCAAAAGUGUGGCGACAUAUAUUUAUAUGAUCUACAGCCGAAAACACCAAAUUAUUUAAGCAGUCCACACCAAACAUUAUCUAUUAUGUCUGAUUCCGAAACAUAUGAUACACCACGACCCGUUCAGAGUAUGAACUAUGAUUCACCGCAUUGGACUCGAACAUCACAAUUUAGCAGUAGAAUGGAAGAAUCAUAUGAUGUACCACGAUCAGUUGCAAUGCUAUCCCAACAGAAUAUGACACCGAGCAGCUCAAAUUCAUCAUUGCUAACACCGGAUGGUCACAGCAUAUCGUCAUCGAAUCGAUCAUCAUUGGCGAAUAUGCCAGACUAUGAUAUACCGCGGCGUUUUCAAUGUCAAAUUCGAUCUGAUAGCUCAUCAAUUCACUUCCAAAGUACUUAUGACAUUCCCCUUUCAAAUCAACCGAAAGUGAGCACAAUUAAAGAGUUGCCAUUGGAAUUGUCUUCAGCCUUGGAGACUCUUGCCAAACUAGAAACUGAAGCAGCUGGUGCAAUAAACAAAUUGUUAGGAUUUGUGUCAACCAGCUGGCGCACCAAAGAAAAAUUGGAACCAAUGAUCAUGGAUAUUAAACUAGCCGCUGUGCGCUUACGAACAGUUUUACACGAUUUGGCCGAAUUCGGAGAGGGUGCAUUGGGCAAUGCUUUGAAAGCGGAUGAUAAGAGACUUGCCAUUAAAUUAAAACCACUGGUGAAAGCGGUACGUGAUGCUGAUAAAUUGGUGCACGAGGUGUCACAAAAUCUCGAUUUGCAUGGAUGGACAGUUGAUAUAUUGGGUAAAGAGGACGAUAAUAAACCCGGUGAUAAUCUGAAUCAGCUAAUUGCAUGUGCGCAAACACUAACCGAAGAUGUACGACAGAUCACAUCGUUCAUUCAAGGAAAUUCAAUGCUUCUCUUCAAACGAACGUUGAAUAAAUCGAAUGAUGCCAAUGGCUCUGGUAGCUCUCUCUGGCUUGAAGAUUACGAUUAUGUUAGUUUGGAAUCUAAAGAGCAAACGACCAAAAUAAAUGCCCAACUACGUGAUGCAUUGCCACAUGAAUUACGCGCCAAUUUUGAUAGUACAAUGCAAUGUGCUGAAAUGGCCGCCAUUUCAAAUACCGAUAAGACUGAGUUGAAUCCCAACGAUAAAUCACUGCUCACAUACUAUGCCAUGCAAACUGUAACGCACAUGAAAUAUCUAACGCAAGCAAUUGACGCAUUUUUACAAACGGUUGAACGAAAUCAACCACCGAAAUUUUUCCUUGCUUAUGGAAAAUUUGUUAUUCUAAGUGCACACAACAUUGUGACAAUCGCCGAUAUUUUGCAUCGAAAUUUAACGAAACAAGAUGUUAAACUUCGCAUACUGGAGUAUGCUGAUUCGUUAUCGGAUGCAUUGAAAACAUGCGUUACAAAAACGAAAAAAGCUGCUCAACAAUUUCCAUCAGUUACAGCAGUACAAGAAAUGGUCGAUUCCAUUGUAGAUAUCUCACAUUUGGCAUAUAAUUUAAAAAUAUCAAUGCUUCAAGUGAUUAGCCAUUAAAUUUAUUACUUAAUAAUGAACAAAUCAGACAUUAACCUACAAUGACAAAUGCACAACUUUUAUUAAAAAACAACAAAAUUAAAUGGCAAAGAAACAAAUAUUUUAUGUGAUGAAAAUUGUGAAUACCUUAAAAUCAAUAAGGUACUCUCCCUCCUCACCUCAAUGUUGCAUUGCCAAAUUUAAAGAACGCAAAUAUAAACUGUAUCGUUGAAAAUGCAACAUUUAUUCCUUGAAAAAUUAUUGUCAAAAAAAUUGAUUUUCACUAUACAAGAAAUAAAUGUAAAUAUACAAGUG